GGAGCCUGAGCGGCCGGGCGCCGGCGGCGGCAGCGCGAGCGAGCAUCCUGGCAGCGCCCGGGUCGCCGGGAGAGAUUAAAUGGCCAAUAAAACAGAAGGGGAACUGGUUCUUGUAAUGAAUUCAUUCUCUUGGUACCUGACUGGUUUUUAAUGAAACUGCUUAUAGACGUGUGACUUUUGCUUAUUUUGUGACAGGCAAAUAGUCAUCAACUCAGAAGGGUGAUUUGGAAGAAUUUUGGUGACCAGAGAUUCUCAUCCCAUUGUCACAAAGGAUCUGCAGGUCUACUCUGGUGGACAAGAUAGACAAUGCCUCUCACACAGGCCUCAGUAAACACAGGUGUCAAGGAACCAUUUAUAAUGGAAGACAGGGAGCUUGGGAAUCCCCCAUCCACCUACCGCCUCCUGCCUGAGUCCAGCCAGCACCAGUUAAAAGAAGAUGUCAGCUUAUCACCUCAAGGGUCUCCAGAAACUAUGCAGCUGAAAAAGGAGAUCUCCCUGCUGAAUGGGGUCAGCCUGGUGGUGGGCAACAUGAUUGGCUCAGGGAUCUUUGUCUCGCCCAAGGGGGUGCUGAAGCACACCGCCUCCUAUGGAUUGUCACUAGUCGUGUGGACCAUCGGCGGGCUCUUCUCGGUCGUGGGUGCCCUUUGUUAUGCGGAGCUGGGGACCACCAUCACCAAAUCUGGAGCCAGCUAUGCUUAUAUUCUAGAGGCCUUUGGGGGCUUCAUUGCCUUCAUCCGCCUGUGGUCCUCACUACUAAUUGUUGAGCCUACCAGUCAGGCCAUCAUCGCCAUUACCUUCGCCAACUACAUCAUCCAGCCCUCUUUCCCCACCUGUAACCCCCCCUAUGUGGCCUGCCGUCUUCUUGCUGCUGCCUGCAUAUGUCUGCUGACAUUUGUGAACUGUGCCUAUGUCAAGUGGGGCACACGUGUACAGGACACGUUCACUUAUGCCAAGAUCCUGGCGCUCAUUGCCAUCAUUGUCAUGAGCAUUGUUAAACUGUGCCAGGGACACACUGAGAACUUUAAAGAUGCCUUUAAGGAUUCCUCCUGGGACGUGGGAAACCUCUCUCUUGCCCUCUUCUCUGCCCUCUUCUCUUACUCAGGUUGGGACACCCUUAAUUUUGUAACAGAAGAAAUCAAAAACCCAGAAAGAAAUUUGCCCUUGGCCAUUGGAAUUUCUAUGCCAAUUGUGACACUCAUCUACAUCCUGACCAACGUGGCUUAUUACACAGUACUGAGCAUUUCAGAUGUUCUUAACAGUGCCGCUGUGGCUGUGACGUUUGCUGACCAGACAUUUGGCAUGUUCAGCUGGACCAUCCCCAUUGCUGUUGCCCUGUCCUGCUUUGGAGGUCUCAAUGCAUCUAUUUUUGCUUCAUCAAGGUUGUUUUUUGUGGGCUCCCGUGAGGGCCACCUCCCGGACCUUCUGUCUAUGAUCCACAUGGAGCGCUUUACACCUGUCCCUGCUCUGUUGUUCAAUUGCACCAUGACGCUCAUCUACCUCAUUGUGGAGGAUGUUUUCAAGCUCAUCAACUAUUUCAGCUUCAGCUACUGGUUCUUCGUGGGCCUGUCUGUUGUUGGCCAGCUCUACCUUCGCUGGAAGAAACCAGAUUGGCCCCGACCUCUCAAGCUGAGCCUGUUUUUUCCCAUUGUGUUCUGCAUAUGCUCUGUGUUUCUGGUGAUUGUGCCCCUCUUCAGUGACACCAUCAAUUCCCUCAUUGGCAUUGGGAUUGCCCUUUCUGGGGUCCCAGUCUACUUCAUGGGUGUGUACCUGCCAGAGUCCCGGAGGCCACUCUUUAUUCGAAAUGCUCUGGCUACUGUCACCAGAGUCAUCCAGAAGCUUUGCUUUUGCGUCCUGACUGAGCUAGAUGUAGCUGAAGAGAAAAAGAUUGAGAGGAAAACUGACUAGAGGACAGAAGGACAUUCCCUGAAGCCUGGAAGGCUGUGGCUACAGCCUCCAAAGUCCAACUCCUAACCCUCUGAAUUAAAGGCACCCAUGGGCCACAUUCUGUAAGGGAGCUCAGGGCCAGUGCUCACUCAUUGGUAAGCUAUGGAAGGAUACUCAGGGAUCAGGCCAGCCUGAAGAUGGGGUGCUCUGUGGGGAGGGAGGUUUGAGGACAGGGGAGUGGUGUAGUUUGUUCCUGGUGGGUAGGUGUAGUCCCGACACUGACUUGGCAAGCUGCAGUGGGAAAGGAGUCCUACCUAGGUUAAUAGCUAAGGCUCGUGUUCACAGCUAUUGCAGCUUGAACCGGGAGAGACUCCACAGGGAGGCUCUAACCAAAUCCAACCACCUGAAACUUUAAGCCUGAAAUGCACCAUUUCUUCUUGUGGAUCAAAAUUCUCGCCUGGGGAGAGUAUUGUAUUCCCUUUUUUAUUUGUUGGGUGGCAUGAACAAGACAUUAUUGAACUGC